UACACAAAACAAUUGUCUUAAAAUUUGAUUAUUCUAGCAUUUGAAACAGUCAUAAUUAUACAAAUCUUAUUACUAAUACCUUGCUCAGGACAACUUUUAUGAUAUUAUAGCGCACCCGAGACGAACCUUCGUUAAGCCUUCGUUGACAUUUUCAGUAUGGUAUAAAAAGCGUACUUGCCAUGUAAAGCCAUUUUAUGUGUUAUUUAAUAAAUACAUGGUAAACAAAAGGUUCGUAAAAUAUAAUAUUCUUUAUAUAUAUAGAGAUCAAUUCUUUUUCUGUAAGAAAUUUGAUGAAGUUGAUAAAUUGCAUAUAUUUUGUUAUGGAAAUAUUAAAAUCGAGGGAUGAAGCUAUUGUUUGUUCAGAAUAUUAAUUUAUUUUGUUCACAAAUUUUCUAUUCCAGAUAUCAUACGAGGAAUCAAUAUGUUUAAAAACAUUGUGAUUCUGAUAACCUUGAUCCUGACUGUAUGUCAGUGUCAGCCUGAUCCAGUACCACUUGAAAGAGGCGGCGCUCCAACUUUGGACCCGUUUAAUACUGCACCAUGUGAGAAUAUAUUUGGAUCUCCUGUCCCUGAGCCACCUACUCAAUUUUCGGACUGGGACGAGUCUUUACUCAGUGAUGACUGGUGGCCCUAUGUGAUGAUAGCUAGCAACAACUCGGUUUUGUUUAGCCAAUUUCCGAGAGAAAGCAAUUGUACACCACCUUGGAGUCCUGUAGACGAAUCGGAAGAAAUACAUCACCCAACAAAAUCACCUGAAAGGAGAAUUACUUAUUUCUGGCAGUCGUCUUGCCCGUAUAAAGCGUCGUGGUUGGGCAAAUUUACACAGAGAGUUCCAGGUAAAAAAUUUGAUGAAACAUGCUACUUACUGUGGCCAUGUUGUCAACAAGUAAGGAUUGUCAAAUGUAAUACGACAAUAUGUAAUACCGGCACAUAUUGCAAAGACGACAAGAUUCCCCACAAACAUAAUUCAGUAUGUUUAGAGACCCAUUUCCGUGAGUAUAAGGACAUUUACGUGUUCUGUCCGAUUACGUACGUGCAGGAAAAUGGAGAUUGGGUCGGGAUAGAUUGUAGAAGUAAUCCUCAUCGCUGUCUGAAACUGGUAACAAUAUCAGUGCCACAGUGCUGCGAAUGCUGGUCGUGUCGAGGUAAACAUGAUCAUUAAACCGACGAGAAACCAUGCCAAGCUGAUAAACAAGAUAACAGUCAUUAUUGUUACUGUUAGAUAAACUGAUUGUCAGAUAUAUAUCGUUUGAUAUC